AUGAAUAUAAAUAUGAUACUUCGAUGUCUUGUACAAAAUUCAACUGAAGAAGCUAAAUUAACACAAUGGAAUGAUGCUUUAUCAUCAGUUAAUUUAACACGAGAUGAAAUAUUUAGUGUGGCUCUUCAUAUUUUACAUGAUGUUGUAUUACAAAUUUUAACUAGUACUCGACAAUUACGCGGUCAAAUGGAUAUGAUAUUAGUUUCUCUUGCAUCCGAUUAUCGCUAUUUAUUUAUGUAUAUUAUGGAAAAUGGUAAUCAAUCGAAACAAUGA